GUAUCGGAUAAUUUGAUUCGCUUUCACACUUCUCGGGAAAAUCUCGCAAGUACCUGAAGUAGGCGGAGCUUAAAUUAUGCUAUCGGCGUGUGUUUGUGUAUUCUACACUUGUUAUGACACCGUGGAAAUUGUCAACAGUCUGGGUAGCAGUAAUUAGCGAGUGAGGAAAUCAAAGAAAAUCGGGCGACUUGCAUUUCACUUUGAGAAUAUAAUCUCGAAUUCAGCCAGUUCAUCGAUAUUGUCAACAAUCAAUACCCGACAAUGAAAUCUCUAUCAUAGGUACAAGGAUAGUAACAAAAUACAGAACAGAAGGAAUUUUGGUAACAUUUUUGUCAACCUGACUGAACAUGAAUGGAAUUGUAUACAGACUGAUACAGUGUACUUAAUAUGUCAAACUGGAGAGGAAAUUGUAAAAUAACGAGAAAUUUCCACUAAGUGCUGUCCGUGGGUAGCAAGAUAUUAUGUGAAUUUAUGUCUGUUUUAUGCGAAUUUAUGGCAUAAUUGGUAUUACACUGAGGAUUUUUAGUUUGAACACAUGUUGAAGAGGAUUAGGUGGAAACCUUGUAAAUGAUAAGAUAUGUAUUGAUUUACAGGCAAGAUCAAAAUUCAAGUAUUUCGGUGUUUGUAAAGCACUACCGAAUCUCAGUUUGAAGAUGUAGGCAAAAUUAUUUUGUGAAGUAGAACUUUCAGUGAAGAGAGAGGAGUAGAUAUUUCACAUUGAAGAAGUUAACUUUUAUCAGCUUGUGUUUGAAUAGAGUUCUUCAUAUUCUCCUGGUAAUUGUAGCGAAAUAGACAGAUAAAAGAUUGUCGUUCCUCAGUGCACUUGAAAACGUGUUGCAAAUAGUUUGUAAAUAAUGCGUAAAAUCUGGUGUAAGGAAUAGAAAGGAAAAGUUGGAAAAUAUGUCAGCUAGGGCAGUAAUUCCGCCAUUGACUGUGGAUCCUUUGCCACAGAAACAGAGUUAUGAGAUGUUAGAAUCGCGACUGAAAGCUGCUGAAAGUGAUACCCGUCUACUCAUUGAUCAUUUAGGAAGUAUGGGGUUUGAUACACCUCUUGAAGGAAAAAGUGGUUCAUAUGAAACUGUUUCCCCUUUUCGGGGCCAGGUGAACCAGACAAAUUUCGAAAUGUUUAAAAACAACUAUGAAAACCUAGUUUCAAGAGUGUGUAAAAAUGAAAGUGUUCUACAAAGUUUGAAAUUAAACAUGGUGAAUUUACAUGGAGAUAAGAACUUCAAGCAGAAAAGUGACCUUGAAAUGAAAGAAAAGUUCCAGUUUGCAAGAGAGGCCUAUGAACAAGAAAUAGGAAAACUGACUAGACAGGUAGAAUAUUAUAGAGAAGAAUUGAACUCGGAGCUGGAUAGCAAGGAAAAGGCCAGGGAAGAGAUAAGGGAGUUACAAAAAGCUCUCGGACAGGCUGCAGAAACAAGGAUGGAGGUUGCCAUGACAGCAGAGGGCUUGAACAUGUCCCAGCAGAAGUUACAGAAACGAAUAUCAGACUUGAAGGAGGAGGUGGCCAGGGAGCAGAGCCUGCGUGCCAGCUUGGAGGAAUCACACAACACACUUCUGACCAGAGUUAGGGAAAUGGAGAGUGUUGUUGAAAUUGAAAGAUCAGGGGUGAAGAACAUGACCACAGAGUAUGCCCAGAUGAAGGCAGAGACAGAGAUGUUGAGAGAAAAGCUGAGAGACGAGAUCAGGAAAAAACAGACUGCCGAAAGCAGCUAUAGCAUGCUGUGUGAGGAAAAAGAUAAUUUAUUGUUGAAUUACAACAGUGCGGAGAACGAUCGUCAGGUUCUGGUUACCGAGGUAACGCGAUUGCGAGAGCAGUAUGAAGAUUUAAUCAAACAGAUGGAGCAGACGCAAACAAUCAUAGACAAACAACAGGAAAUAUUUUUAACUGAUAAGCUCAAAUCUGCUGACCAAGUGACCGAUUGUUUGAACAAGAAUAAAGAGUUGGUGGAGGAGAAUGAGAAUCUGACACAAAUGUUGCGUACGACAGCAGCCGAUCACGAUAAAAUAAAUGCACAAUUGAAACGUGAGCUUCAGAAUGAGCGUAGGAAAACAGCAGAUAAAGAGGUGGUUGAAGAAGAAGCAGUGAGAUUGAAAGAUAGUGUGGCAGAAAUUACAGAGAACAAUCUGGAUCUCAGGAAAAAACUGAAAAGGUCUGAGGAAGAGGUAUCGAAACUGAGAACUAAGAUGUCGAGUAAAGAUGAAGAGUUUACUAAGACAGCAGACGGUCUAGAGAAGGAAUUACAGUCACUACGAGAACAGUUACAGACAUUGCAGAAAGACAGGGACAAAGCUCUUAAAGACAAAGAAGCAUUGUUGGAAGAGGUUAAUCAAACAGUUGAUACAAUGGUUGAAGAGAGAACAAAAUUACAGAAGCAAGUUCAGCAGCAACAGUUAGACCUUGACAGUCACUCGAGGGCUCGGAGAAAACUGGAACAUGAGAAUGCUCAUCUGCUUGAACGUGUGUCCGGGUUUGAAGAACAGCAGAUUGAAAAAGUAACAGAUCUUUGUGGACAACUCUGUUACCAGCAAGCACAAAAACAUGUGGAGAACACACUAAAAGAGAUGAUGGAUCAGAAGAACAAACUUGCCUACGAGAACGGACGUCUGCAGACCCUGGUAGAACAAACAAGUCUCGAGUUGGAAAGUCUGCGGAAAUCUGAUCUGGACGUGACAAAGUAUAAACAGAUUUCAGAAGCACUGGCUUCAAAAUAUAGUCAGUGUGAGACAGAGAUAAGUGAACUGAAAGUAACGAUUCAAAGACUGGAAAGUCAGUUAAAGCAGGCCCACACCCAGCUAGAUACCAGGCACAGUGACUAUAGUUCUGUCAGUAUAGUCAAGGACGAACUGUUGAAAGAAAACCAGAGACUGCUUACCAAACUACAGAGUGUAGAAGAGAGAGAAAAAAGAAAGGUGAAGGCAUUACAGAAGAAUAAUGAGGAUGCUAAGGCAGUGAAUAAGGAGAUAGCAUCUACCCUCGAGUCAGUCAUGGCCUCACAUUCUCAGCUACAGACAGUGGUUGAAGGUCUACAGAUUGAUCUUGGCAAGAAAGACUCCCAGAUCAGUAGACUGAAAAAUGAGAAGAAUCGAGAGCAGCAAGAAUGGAAGGUAGAGAUGAGAAGGUUUGAGGAAAGGAUGGAGAAUCUACGUGAAGAAUUGAGACAGGAGAGAGACAAAUCACAGAGAAAAACUACCAAAGAUAUUGCUGAGAUUAAGAAACAGAAUGACAACCUGUCUACCCGCAAUAUGGAGUUGAUGAAAUCAAACACAGAGAUGCGUCAGAAAAUGCGAGAUCAGGAAAAUGUUGUGCAAGACUUAAAAGACAAAAUUACUGAUCAGAAACGCAAAAUGGAUUACUUGAGGAAAGGGAAAAGUGAUGUGGAAGAAUAUGUAAAAAAGAUGAAGGAGAUGAAAGCUGACAUUGAGGAGCUGGAAAACCUCAGAGAUACUUACAUUGCUAAAAACCAAGAACAGGCAGAGAUGAUUUCAACCUUCAUGGCUCAGAUCAACUCCCUGCAGACUGAGUUGAGGCAGCUUGCACAUGCACAGUCUCAAACCCAGGACCUCAUGACUCAAAAAGAAAGAUCUAUAGAAAAAGAGAGGAAGUUGAAAGACGAUUUUAGAAAGAAAUAUAAGCAUUCAAGAAGAAAGGAAGAUGAACUGGAUCAUAUGAAGUCUUCAGCAGAAAAACGUCUCAACGAAGUCAGGGAAGAAUCUUUAGAAAUAUCGAGUCAUUUAAAGAGUGCGCAUGAGUGGUUCAAGGACAAGUUUGAUAACCUGCAGCAGGAGCUUCUCUCAUCAAAAAAAGUACAGGAGAAGCUUGAAGAAGAGAAUUUUGAUCAGAAGAAAAAGUUAGAUGGGGAGAGAAGGAAAGCCCAGGCAGCUGCUGAGAAAGCAAAGGAAAUGAUUCAGGCAAGUCGGAAGACUAUAUCAAGACUUAGUGAUUAUGCAGACUUAGCUGACCAUGAAACAAAAGAACAGUUAAAUCAGUUAUACAGUCAGUUACAGCAAGAGAAAGACCAUUCGAAAUAUCUCGAAAUGAAACACCAGAGAUAUAGAGACUCAAGUGCUCGACAGUUUGAAAAUCUGCUUCAUGAAAAAGACGAUUCCUACAGUUGAUAGGUGCUUGCCUCUGGUACUCGGAACUAUUUGAGAUUUCUGUUAGUGGUAUAAACUGUGCUGGUAGCCACAUUUGUUAAGCAGAUACUGUGCCUUAAGCAUUUGCAUUUUCAAGUCCCAAUUUUUGUAUGUUCUGUAUAUUUUGACCUCUACUCAGCAGCGACCUGCAGUAUUGGAAGGGCCCAAUUGCACAUACUGUUUUAAAGACUGUUUAAGACAUGUUAGACUGUUUAAAUGCAAUGUUGUCUACUUAAGGUUUAGAGUUAAGAAUUUUCUUGUCUUAAGUUUUUGAGAGAACUGCAUUUUUGACAGGGUUUUGUUUAGAUUUUUUUAAAACUCUAAUUAGCAUUUACGAAGACUUUGUGUAAUUCAUAAGAUUGAAAGCUUGUUACAGGGGGAAGACUAAUAUUUAGAUAGGCUCUGAAUAGCAAACACCUCUAGAUACAAAGACAUGUAUUAAACUUUCAAGCUGGAUUAUUUUACAUCAGUUUUUUCUCUGUUAAGGUAGUUCUGCACAUUUGAUUAACUGGAUAUGAUGGUGGUAAUGUUGUUCAUUAAAUUUUGUAAAACCUAGAAUAAUGCCAGGUAGUUAUAUGGGUGGCAUAAUUGUUAGCGGAAAUCUGUUAUAGCUUGUGUAUUAAGUGUUAAACAGCCGGUGAUACUGUCUUUCUUAAGGUUGAUGUUAUAUAGGUUAUUAUAUAAAACAAUUUAAACUGGUAACAAUUAAGAAGCAGUAAUACAAAGACUUAAAUUGUUAUUUGUCAAAACAAGUGUAAAAAUGAAAAAUCGAACCCAUGACCCUAUUUGUUUUAUUGGUUAAAUAUAUUGGUUUUGACAAAAUUAUUUCUUCCAUAUGUGUGGAACUACCUUAAUGACAGUGCAGAAAAGCAAGUACCUCAAGACAAAGGAAGUAGAGGAUAGUAUUUUGUUUAAAUAUCUUUCACUGAGUUCAUGCCAUAUGUAAUAUUUUCAAGAGUAGCAUGGCAAAGAGUUAAAACUAAGAUUUGGUAUCCACAAGUGAAACAUACCCGUACUUCAUCUUGCAUGCAAACAUAUUAAUAUGUUCUGUUAGUAUUGGUUAAAUAAAUUUUUUAUGCCCCUGAAGGGAAGCAUAUUAGUUUUCAAUUGUCCGUCUGUUCAUUAGUUCAUUUGUUAGUUCGUUCGUUCGUCACAACGUUAACUUUUUGCAUGAAGGCACUUCACUCGCGAACCACUGCACCCAGGACCUUCAAACUUCACAUGCUGAUAGUACUUAUUGAGUACACGACCCCUACUGACUUUGGGUCACCAGGUCAAAGGUCAAGGCGCUGCGCGGGCAUUUGUCACCAUUAGUGACAGCUCUGGUUUACUUGAUAUAAUUCACACAUAACACAGUGAAAAAAUAUUUCAUAUUUUUCUCUGAGAAAUUAUCAUAUAUAGGUAUUUAAUUAUUGAAAUUCAAUAAUUCAAAUGGGAGAAAAAUGCAAUAAAUCAUUUUUAUUUUCCCCAAGAGAACAAACUUCUCAGUGAAUCAACUUCCUCAGAGCUAAAACUUACAAAACAAACAAAUGUCAGUGAAAAGUAAAUACCUCCAUACCAAAGAAGACAUUUAAGAAAUGAAAUGUUUUUUUCAGUCUUCAUGCAAAAUGAACAACAGAAUAGGAUCAGCAAAUCCAUGAAUCAUGCUAUUCUGUAGUUCAUUUUGCAUGAACACCGAAAAAAGUAGCUAAAUUUCUUAUAUUUACAUUAUAUUUCCUUUCGAUUUGUAAAGAAUAUAAUAUUAUCAAUUGCACAUAUUUUGUGGCAUUUGACAUUAAAAUCAGCUUCCCGGCCAUUCUGUUCAACACACGGUAUAACUGCGACGUCAUCUAAGGAACAUUCUCCCUGACUAUACGCGGAUGUCGUCAAAACAGUGGUCGGUUAUCACUAAGCAGCGAUGACGUAAAUUUCGUGCCUUUCCUUUUGCUGUUUAUACGAAAUGAACGUCAUAAUUUUCAAUGGAAAUGAAUAAGGUGAAUGUAAAUAUUUUCUUUCCAACAUAAUAAGUAUAGGAUAUUAACCUUCCUAUAUACACUCAGUACAACAAACAAAUUUCAUUAUCUCAGUGGGGGCUGAGUGGUUAAGGUCAUUGAUUUGGAAUCACUUAAAUCUUGCUUGGAAUGUAAAAUUCUUCCUUACGAGGAAGCCAAGGCUUCCAACUGACUUGCAGAAGGUUGUUGAUUUUAACCAGAUGCCUUCCCAUAACUGCAAAUCCCUUUGAUUUAUAAUUCUUUCGGUGUGACAUGAAAUUCAUCACCAAAAAAAAUAUUCUCCCACAUGGUGUCCUUGUUGGUGCACCAUACAUUAUUGCAGACUAUAGCUAUAAAACUGCCAGGACCAAAGUGCUUCAUGUCAUGACAGCAACCUUUAUACUGUGAUAUAAUGUUUUGUGAUAUUUAUUUUUAUGAUGAAAGAUGUAUAUACAUUUGUAUACUGUCUUGUUAUAGCUAAUUGUUCUGUGAGAUGUGAAACCAAAAUUUGUAGUCCUGUUUGGCGCCAUAUAACCUAUACUGUGUUGGUGCGCCAUAAAACCCAAAUAAAUAAAUAUUGUCAAAUAGAAAAAUUUCCAGUAUACAUUUGAUGUAAAUUAUAUGUCAGGUACUGUGACAUCAUUAAAUUUCAUUUGCAUAAAGUUUUGUGGUUUUAAACAAGUGAUAUUUGUGCAGUUAUCAAAUUAUUUAAAGAUGAAAAGAAAUUUUCUGUUUAUAUACUAGACUUAAAGUUCUUGAUUGAAUCAAGUGUUGAAUUCUCAAGGAUUAGCUCCCAAUAAAUAUUUAUGACUAUACAGUAUCAAAUAUAAGAGUGUGAAGCAUAAGACUAAGUAGAGAUUUGUAAAUAGAAUGGUAUUUUUGUUCAUAAUUUCUAAAGCAUCUCAGAUAUAUUAUUUUUUUAAAUUAUUAUUUUUAUACAUUACAUGGGUACUUAGCAGUAUCUAAAUAAUAGAUCAUUAAUUUUUCCCACAAACAUAACAUGAACAAGUCUGUUUAAAGCCCAAUAGAUGAUUAAUUUUUCCCACAAACAUAACAUGAACAAGUCUGUUUAAAGCCCCGUAAUGCUUAUAUGUUUAUAUAUUUCAUAUGCCAAAACAGUACCAGUCUUAAAUGCUGUAUAGUUCAGGCAUGACAGAAAAAAGAACAUUGUGAUAUUGAAUAUAUUAUGCUUUAUGCAUUUUAAUUGUUCCUAUAGCAGACAGGUAGCCCUGCUGCAAGAAUAAUAGGAUGGGGAAAAGCUGUGUCAUCUUGGACUUCUAAAACAUCUAUUUUUGAACUAAAAAACAAAACAAAAAACAACAAAAAAAACCCAUAAAAUAUAGGGCAGAAUUUCUGUUUUUAAAAAUGUCAUAAAUGAAGUAUCUCUUCAGCAGAUAUAAAUUCAUGUAAAAAAGUGUGGCAGCAAUGACAUGGUUGUUUUAUAAUACUCCAAAUGUUGGUCAGUUAAAGCUGUUUUGGAUGGAAAAUUGUUAUUUAACACAUAAAAUAAUACAAAAUGUUUAUAUGACAUCGAAGAACAACAAAUGAAGUGGUCCAGGGUGAAAUAUUUAUACAAAGUCCUUGUUGAAGGUUUGUUUUCCUUGUCAUUUUAAUGGUAGCUCAGACAUUUUACUCAUUUUGAUAGGUCUUUUUUUUGUAUUUUACAGGGAUACCUUAUAAAAGUUAUGUGUUAGUAAGUUAGUUUAUAUCAAAAUACAGUUGUUUUAGAAAUUUUGAAAGGAUAUUAUUUUUAGCCCAAGAAAUUGGAAUAUAUGUGCUGUUAUAAGAGGUGAAAACAGAUCUGUAUUAUCAGACAUUGCAUUUGUAAUACACUAUGUGUUUAUGUAGAGCACAUUGUAUAGUUUGUAACUAUUAUUUAUGUUCAUUAAAUUGUAAAGGUAACUCUUGCAAUAAAUGGAAUAAGUUCA